UCUCGCCAGCAAAUCCUGAGCAACAUGAGUUUCCAACCCCUACUCUCUGACUCAAAGAUCCUGCAGAAGGAUAAAGGAAUCGAUUAUAUCGUCCCUCCUCAUUAUAUUCCCUGUCAAAAAUACGAAGAGGCUCAUAAGGAGUCCAUAGAGAACCCGGAAAAGUUUUGGGGGGAAGUCUCGAAAUGCGUGGAUUGGAAUAAACCAUGGAAAAAGGUAUUAGACAAUACAGAACAGCCGUUCACCAAGUGGUUCGUCGGUGGCGAACUGAACGCCUGUUACAAUGCAGUUGACCGGCACGUUUACGCGGGAAACGGAAACAAAACAGCGUUGAUCCACGAUAGCCCUUUAACGUCAACCAUUCGAAGAGUAACUUACAAUGAGCUUAUGGAGAAAACAUCUUUGUUGGCUGGUGCAUUGGCUGAUAUGGGCGUCCGCAAAGGGGACAUAGUAAUUAUCUACAUGCCGCUUAUUCCAGAAACUAUAAUAGCCAUGUUGGCGACAACGCGUCUCGGUGCAGCUCACUCAGUAGUAUUUGGCGGUUUCGCCGCAAAGGAAUUAGCAACUAGAAUAGAACACGCGAAACCCAAAGUAAUAAUCGCUGCCAGUUGUGGCAUGGAACCGACCAAAAUUAUCAAGUAUACAACGAUGCUUAACGGCGCCUUGAAUCUUAUUACUGUUAAAAAACCACGAUGUAUCAUAUUCCAGAGAAGAAAUAUAUGGCAAAGCUUUUUAUUGGAAGAUCAGUACGACUGGGAUGACGUGAUAAACAAGUCGAAACCUCACCCAUGUCAGCCCGUCGAGGCGAACGAUCCUUUGUAUAUUUUGUAUACAUCAGGAACAACAGGUGAACCAAAAGGAAUUCUGAGGACGGUCGGUGGACAUCUGGUUUCGGUUUGCUGGACGAUGAAAACGGUUUAUGGUGUGGAUAAAGAUUCUGUUUGGUGGGUCGCCUCGGACAUGGGGUGGGUUGUCGGCCACUCUUACAUCUGUUACGGACCUCUUACCUACGGUGCGACCAGCGUCAUGUAUGAAGGAAAACCUGACAGGACACCGGAUGCUGCGCAAUACUUUAGGAUAAUAGAACAACACAGUGUGAACGCAUUGUUUUGCGUACCUACUGCACUUAGAGUAAUAAGACGCGCUGAUCCGGAUGUAUUACUAGGAAGCAGAUAUUCCACUAAAUCGUUAAAAACAAUAUUCGUCGCCGGAGAGUUUUGCGAUCACGAAACCAAAAUGUGGGCGGAGAAGGUGUUCAAGGUUCCCAUUCUGAACAACUGGUGGCAAUCGGAAACUGGUCAUGCGAUUACAGCACUGUGCUUAGGAUAUGGUCACAAUGCUAGUUUACCAAAGCACAGUACUGGUCUUCCUAUUCCCGGCUACCACAUUGAUAUUUUACGGGAUGACGGUAGUGAGGCAAAAUGCCAUGAGUUAGGAAGAAUCGCUAUAAAAUUACCACUGCCACCUGGUUGUAUAUCUACUCUCUAUCAGUGCGACGAAAGAUUUAAACAAAUAUAUUUCUCGAGGUAUCCGGAUUACUAUGACACCAUGGACGUCGGUUACAAAGACGAGUAUGGAUACAUCUACGUGAUGGCACGCGACGACGACGUAAUCAACGUCGCUGGUCACAGACUAUCCACAUCCGCCCUUGAAGACGUCAUCAUGACUCAUCCUGAUGUCGUGGAUGCUGCUGUGGUCGGUGUACCCGACCUGACUAAAGGAGAGAUUCCUUUAUGUCUUUAUAUAAUGAAAGAAGAUACAGCAAAAAAUGAGAAACAAAUCAACGAGGAACUCGUAGCGCGGGUGAGAAAUUUAAUUGGUCCCAUAGCAUCGUUUAGAAUAGCUGCUGCUGUACGAGCAUUGCCUCGCACGCGUUCAGGAAAAAUUAUGCGAAAAUCAAUCUCCGAUUUAGCACAUUCAAAGCUGGUUAAGAUAUCAAGUACAAUAGAGGAUGUAUCGGUGUAUCAUGAAAUCAAAGAGGUACUUCAGAAACUUGGAUACGCCAAAUUAGCACCUGAUCCUCAAUGAUAAGUGCAGUUAAGAUUUGACCACUUUAUUAUAUAAACUUUCUUUUCUUUUCAAUAAUUGUUAUAUAAAAUGUAAUAAACCUACGCACGAUAUAUAGACGACACGCAUAGGAAUGUUUGACAAACACGUGUCAAAAAUUCGAGUUAACAAAUCAAUUGCACUAAAAACGCAGUAAAAAACAUUUUGGAACAGCAAACGGAGCCGAAAGCUAAACUAAACUUGAUAGUAUCACUCACCGUUAGGCCUUUGCUGCACUUAUAUAAAGAUAAUGUACCUUAAAGUAUGAAAAAGUUAUUUUGAAAACAACCAUGUAUAUUUUUGUUAACAUUACAAAAAAGAAUAAAUUCUUCGAAAUUUGUGUAAGUUUCUCAAUACAUUUUACGCCGUUACUUUGAUCUGUAUUACUGAAAUGAUAUAAAAAAUAAGAGGAAAAAAAAGUGUAAAAUGUAUUACUUUAAGAUUCCGAUAGGAAUAUUAUAUUAACAAGUUUAAAAAUUAUAACAACUCGUACAGUAAAUGUUUCCGAACAAUUUAUAGAAAUAAAAUUAAUGAUUCGUAUUGUUGCUACAGCUGAUUCGUUAUAAAAACAUUAAAUAAAGUGGAAUCGUAAAUGAUUCGAUAUCGUACAGUAAAGAGAAAUGAAACAGGACGAAAGACGCAGAUCGUUUUAGUAUUUGUUAGAAUAAAAUAGCAAAGAAAAGAAAAAAGCAGUAAUACAUGUAAAGAAAGCACUCACAAAAUGUCUGCUUUGAAAAUUCUCUAUAUUAACUUCCUUUUCAGUUAAAUCUCGACAUUAAUUUUCUUUGAUCGCAUGUAACGCUAUAAAUCAUCGAAACUCUUUCUGGAAAAGCACAAGUGUAAGAACAUCUGGUGUUAACAGACACGUAGUACAUCGAUA